AUGACCGGUAGCGAGCCCUCCUCGACAACGGCGCCCCUGGUCUGCGUGGUGGGCCCGACGGCGGUGGGGAAGACGGCGCUGGCGAUUGCGUUGGCGCAGCGUUUAGGCGGCGAGGUGGUCAACGCCGACAGCCGCCAGGUUUACCGGCGGAUGACCAUCGGCACGGCCAAGCCCACCGUCGAGGAACAGGCGGCGGCGCCUCAUCACCUGCUGGACAUAAUCGACCCACCGGAUCCGUUCGGGCUGGCGCUGUUCCUUGAGCACGCUACCAAAGCACUUGCCGGAAUCCUGGAGCGCGGAAACCUGCCGAUUGUCUGCGGCGGAACCCGGGCAAUACGUAUGGGGCCUGGUUGA